AUGGCGUGCCAAGCGGCCGGCGAGGAGCUGCCGCGCCCCUGCUGCAAUGGCUACAACGAGCUGGCGCCGGCCGACACGAGCCGGGCUCUGCUGCAGGAUCGCCCGGAGAAGCACAGGCGCGAGGAGGCGGCCGAGGGCGGCGCGCUGCCUGCCUUGGAAGACGCCUACCUGAGCAUCCUGGAGGGGCUGGGGGAGAACCCUGCCAGGCAGGGGCUGCUCCAGACGCCCAGGAGGGCUGCCAAAGCCAUGCAGUUUCUCACGAAAGGCUACCAAGAAGCCAUCGAGGAUAUACUCAAUGAUGCAAUCUUUGAUGAAGACCAUAAUGAAAUGGUGAUCGUUAAGGAUAUUGAUAUGUUUUCCCUUUGUGAACACCACUUGGUACCCUUCUUUGGCAAGGUACAUAUUGGAUACUUACCUAUAAAGAAAGUGGUUGGACUAAGCAAGCUUGCAAGAAUUGUUGAAAUCUUUAGUCGAAGACUGCAAGUUCAAGAGAGGCUUACCAGACAGAUUGCUCUGGCAAUUACUGAGGCUCUGAAACCUGCCGGAGUGGCUGUGAUUGUAGAAGCAUCGCACAUGUGCAUGGUUAUGCGAGGGGUUCAGAAAAUGAAUAGCAGGACUGUCACCAGCACCAUGCUCGGAGUCUUGCGAGAAGAUCCAAAAACCAGAGAGGAAUUUCUUACACUGAUCAAGAAUUAAAUGGAAACAGCUUCCCACUCACUGUUUGUUGGCUCUAACAGUAAAACUAAUUGCCAGAAACUAAUUACCGUGUGUGAUGCAGGACUAUUUGCAGAGUCUGUGUAUUAGAAAUAGCUGUGUGACAGCUUGGUUCUCACUAGUGCCUUGUAAUGUCAUAAAAUAUUUGGUAGAGAAUGAAUGUGCCUAAAUCACAAUUACUGAACUGAAAAGUGAUUAGCUGUUUCCCAAUACUAACCAUAGAGUGCUAUGGAAAGAUGUUGCUAGAUGGGAGCUAAAACGAGCCCCCCUCCAAAACAAACAAACAAACAAACAAACAACAAAAAAACCAAGCUGCCACAGAAAGGUGAAAUUAAGCAUAAAGACCUGUGGCCUUUAUGAGUCAAUCUUCGGCCCCUUUGUGUUCCUUGUAUUAGACAAAGGGGUCAGAAAGCCAGCAGAUCUCCCACUGGGGAUUCAUCUGGUGUAAGGGGAUGUCUGGGAGGCAUGGAACUGUUGUAAUCUGAUCCUACACCAUCUUCUUCUGGCCCCGAGGGUAGAGGGCAUGAGAGAAGAAUUGCCAGACGGGAAGGGGCAUGUCCACUGUGCUCCACCAACUCCUAUCUGGUGAAUGGCCUUUGGGUGCCAUAGCCAGCUGGGUGUAGCAUGGAGUAGCAGAGAGCCCAAGGCCUGGCAGAUCCCCACAGCCACCAUUAGAGAUAUGAAUGGGAGGCAGACAGUACCCAUGGAUGUGCCUGGAGGUGACAGUGUGGAAAGUGGCACUUCUCUAGCUCUGCCUCUUUCCUGCCUAGCUAAGCUCCCCUGAUCUGAAACAGUCUCCCAGAAGGCCUAGGUUUGUCAUUGCAACACAAUAGUGUUUCAGUAGAUCUUAGUGACCCAUUAGUGCUCCAGCAGCUUUUUUCAAUAUAUGCAUAAUAUCCCCCACACCUCUGACCCACCACAAAGAUCUGUUGUUUAUGGCUAAGUCCCAGUUCAGCUCACUCUAAACCUUGCUUUGAUCCUUUCUGAAGAAAAAGCAGAUGAUAUGGCACUAGGAUUGUUCCUUACGGUCAUGAUACAAUUUUUGAUACCAUCAUCUGAGUCAAGAAUUGUCUCUGGGAUUGAGUAGUUUUUCAGAUUCCCAUGCACAGAUAAAAGAUCAGCUCUUUUUAAACUGCAGUGUAUAUAUAAUGCUGGAGAGCUGAAUUCUUAUAAAGGCUUGUUAUUAACCCUGCAACGGAACUGACAUUUGUUUUGAUAGUAAGCCUCAUAGCAUUACUUAAACCAGUCAGAACCAGGGCUGGCUCUACUGUUUUCAUCGCCCCAAGCAGCGCUCCGAAUUGCCACCGCAGAUGGCGGGAGCAGUCCAUGUGCAGUUAGGGC